ACUGGAGAUAGCUCCUUGGUAAUUCAAGAGACUAAAGACAGUUCCUUAGUAAUCAAAGAGACUAGAGACAGUUCCUUAGUAAUUAAAGAGACUGAAGACAGUUCUUUAGUAAUUAAAGAAACUGAAGAAAGUCAAUUACUUUUAAGUCUAGAACAUGCUGCAGAAAUUGCUUCACAGAUUGAUUUUAAACUAUAUGAUGUGAACAAUAUUCUAUAUGAAUUUGAAAAGAUUUUUAAAA